GCCAGUACUGCGCGCGUUCCUCCGGUUCCUUUGGUCUCCAGUCAUCAUGCAGUGGUUCUUGGUUCUCGCUCUGGUUCCAGCUCUGGUUCCAGCUCUGGUCGGUGCGGCCUCGCGUGUCCCGCGAUCCUGCGGCCCGUGCGAGCCUGGGUCGUGCCCGGCGCUCCCGGCUAAAGGAUGCGCGUUCCGGCUGAUGGACGCGUGCGGCUGCUGUGAGAUGUGCGCGGCCGAGGCCGGAGAGCCGUGCGGCGGGAAAGGAGUCGCGGCUGCCCGGUGCGUCCCCGGGCUCGACUGCGUCAUAACGCGGAACGGUGUGAGGACGCUGACUAAGAAGGGAGAGUUUGGGGUGUGUGCGUGCAAAGCCGGGGACUUCGAGGUGUGCGGUUCGGACGGGGUGGAGUACCGGAGCGCGUGCGAGCUCAAAGCGGCCAGUGCCAUAGCGGAGCGCGCGCACAAACCCGCAAUCAAAGUGCAGAAAAAGGGCAAAUGCGCAAGAGCCCCGGUGAUUGUUACGCCUCCAGGUGAGGUGUGGAAUGUGACGGGUACUAAUGUGUUCCUCAGCUGCGAAGCCAUUGGCUACCCAACACCUGUUCUCACCUGGAGGAAGGUUAGCGAUGACAACAAGAAGACGCUGCUGCUGCCUUCAGAUCAGCAGAACCUGGCCAUCCAGACGCGAGGGGGUCCCGAAAAACACGAGGUUACCGGCUGGGUUCUGAUCUCCCCGCUGACCAAGAAGGAUGAAGGUACGUACGAGUGCUACGUCAGCAACGCCAAGGGUGAAGUCUCAGCUAGAGGCACCAUCCACGUGGUGGACUCCAUCAACGACAUCCCCUCCAAGAAGGUGGUUAAAGAUGACGAGCUGUAAAGGGCCUGUCUAUAAUAUGGGACUACUGCAGGACCAGGACCGGGACCAGGAUCAGACUGCUGUUUACUUACACACGCAAGGAUAAAUACAACAAACACACACACACUUAGCAUGUCAUGCUAGCAUCGUUACCCUUCUCUCACUAACCCAUCGUUCACUUUUAUCACAAAGCAGCUUGAAAACUCUGAAGCAGAGAUUCAGAUCGACACAAGUUCAAACAUCUCACACAGACUCCUGUUAUUUCCUUCUGAGAUAAUAACUAAAAAACACUCUUUAUUUUGCUCGUUUCCGUACACGUAAUGUUCUCAUUCCACCGUAAAGCUCGGCUCAUGGGGAUGAGGGACUUAAUCUCUCACGUCUAGACACUUUUUAAUGUUUGGAAAAAUGUCAUGUGUGUAAAGCAGGACGUUUGUUUAGCAGGUGCUUUUAUGUAUUUCGAUUAUAUGGAUUGAAGGAGAUUUAGAAAUAAAAAUCUGUAAACGUUUUGUAUUUUAGAUGUGUAAUAUAGUCAGAACCAGGUUAUGGAUCUGAGGGUGAAUAUGAGCCAGUUUUUAAUCAGGUGCCUGUUGUUGAAAGGAUUCUCAAGAAUUUGGUUGGAACAAUUGUAGUUGAAUAUUCUAACAAAAUAAGUGUUCAUUUGACUUAACUUUACCUAGAUAAAUAAAAAAAUUAAUCAGUUUAUUCUCAUGCAGGAUGUGGGAAUGUUUUUAGUAUAAUGAGGAGCUGUAUGAGACGUUAAUCUAACGAGUGGUUGGUUUGUAUGUGAAUGACAGAUUUUUUAUGGAUUAAUUUUAAAGUUGGCUUUAGAAAUGAUAAAGAUGUGAGAACAUGAUUCUGUCUUGGAUUACUUGAUGUGUUUUUCUUUAUAUGAAAACAGUACAUUUGUCUACUGCACUUAUUUUAAUAUCACGGUAUCAUAUCAAUAUUUUAUUGCUGGACUAACAUAACGUCCUGCUGUCUCACUGCAAUUUUGUAAUAAAAGAUACUUGAUGCUUAAAUAUUUUUUGUCUCAGUGCACAUUACAUACGUGUCACGUUUAAACUACAAAAAUAAAAGUUUGCAUGUUC